ACCAUAUUGAACUAACAAGACCUAGAUAGUAACAAGUAACAACUGUCAAGAUGGUGGACUUUUACUUUCCAUUGAAAAUGUUGAAAGAGAAGCUCUCUCCCAAUAAGGCAGCCAAACCCUUGGAGAGUACUGGAGCGGUGAAAAGAAGAAGAAUAUCCAUCGAUGAUCCGUUCAAUGAUACCCAAGAGAAGAAGAUAGGCACUACUUUAGACCAGACGGCCACUAAGAUGGAUGAAAUAGAGACUCCAUUCAUUAAGAAGGCAAAUCUUUCUCGAGUAAAUUCUCACAAUUACCUGUUACCACCACCAGAUGAAGCUAACCAGAGAAUAGUGGCGGAGGAAACCAGUGAGCAAGUGGCUACCCAAGAAACUAGUGAAAAGGCUGAAGGUAUGGUGCAAGGUACAGACCAAGAAAUUGUUGAACCGACCAGUCUUGACGGAGGAGAAGGAGACCAACCGAUGGAGGAAGUACACGAACUACAAACAGGAGAACAACAACAAGAAGAAGAAGAAGAGCAGGAAAUAGCGGAACAAGACGAUCUACCAGAUGUCAAUGAUGAAGUACCACUUGACGUGCUUGAAGAAAUGCAUAAGCUUGAACUCUGUUUCCCGACUCUUUCCUCCUCAUACAGACUUAUAGACAAAAUCGGAGAAGGUACCUUCUCUACAGUUUACAAGGCCGAAGCACUUAACGGAGCAGUUAGAUUAGGUUCAGAGAUCUGGAAGUCCCCACCUCUCAAAAAGAAGAAACCACAAUCCGACUCGAAGCCUAAAAAGAGCCCCAUAGUAGCGCUUAAACAAAUCUACGUGACAUCGUCCCCUAAUCGUAUCCAUAAUGAGCUUAAACUAUUAUUCCUCCUUUCAGGAAACUCGCAUGUUGCCCCAUUACUCGAUAUUCUUCGAUAUCAAGAUCAAGUGCUUGCAAUCAUGCCAUACUAUCAACAUGCUGAUUAUCGAGACUUUUACCGAGACCUCCCCAUAAAGGGAGUUAAGAAAUACCUAUGGGAACUCUUCCAUGCUCUCUCAUUUAUCCACGAUAAAGAUGUAAUUCAUAGAGAUCUUAAACCAACUAAUUUCUUAUAUGAUCCAUUUAAAGGUAAGGGAGUUCUUGUUGAUUUUGGAUUAGCUGAGAAAGUUGAUACUGCACUGUCAACGACCAAAUCUAUGACAUGUCCUUGCAACUCCAAGGACAAGCCAGUUCAACAUCGUAAACGUCACAUCAAGGCUGCAUACCCAAAACAAGAUCAACGUCCACCACGUAGAGCAAAUAGAGCAGGAACAAGAGGGUUUAGAGCUCCUGAGGUCUUAUUCAAAUGUACAAACCAACUGACAAAGUUGGACAUUUGGUCUGCUGGGAUCAUUGGAAUAUCAUUCAUCGCUAGAAAAUUCCCAUUAUUCAAUUCCCCCGAUGACAUAGAUGCUAUUUUGGAACUUGUCUUAAUCUUUGGAUUAGAAAAAAUGCAACAAUGUGCAGAAUUACAUGGAUGUGCCUUGGAUAUCAACUUACCUAACAUUAACAGCAAUACUUCAUCAGGAAACUUGGUGCAAGUUAUUGGAGACUUUCUCCGUCAUGAAUGGGAAAAUGGAACGUUCCCUCCUGAUAGUGUAGCUCUUGAUACCAUAAAAAUCUUGAAUGAAGCGGGUAGUGCAUUUGUCAAGCCAAAUACAGACCAAGGGAACUAUUAUGAUCAUAUUCAUAUGAUGCAACUUCUUUCUGGAUGUUUCAAAAUGGACCCAUCCAAACGACUUUCUGCUAAAGAUGUGUUAAAGUUGCCCUUUUUUGAUGAUUUAAGAAGCAAUGAAGAUGACGAGGUAAUACUCUAGGAUGAAGUAUCGAGUGUUCUUUUUUAUAAAUAGAGAGGUAUUCUAUAGAAAUAAUAUGUACCAGGCAGUGGGUCUGU